GAGAAAAAGAAUCCUUAUUGAUGGAGGUUCUGCGAAUAUUUUCAAAUUUUGAAGUAGUUUCACUUUCGUGCAUUAUUGGAAGCUCCUUGGAGUUAUUUCCUCGAAAUUCUUUCAAUCGGAAGUACUUGGAAUCUUUGUACAAAAUUAUUCGUUUGACUGCUGUGAGGUAUGAGGAAGCAAACAAUUGCAUCCUUGACAGGGAGAAGAUAGAGACACUUGUGCAAGAUUUAUCGAAAUCCAUUAAUAAACUCUAUGAUAAAAAGGAAGAUCAGACAAAGGUAUCCUGCCGAGAGGAGGAAAAUCAGCUGAAUGAACAUCUUGAAUCAGUUUAUGAGGAAAUAGACAGAGAAGUUGUAUGCUCACGGAAUAUCCGGAAGUUCUACAAAAGUAAAUGCCAGGAAUUGCGUGAAGAAUUGACGAGAUUGAAGGAACGUCAUGAAUGGGCGACUGAACUUUUGAGAAAAUACUCCAGUUUUGAAAAUUCCGUUUCUGGUUUGCGAGAAGAAUCCAAUCAAUUCUUAGAACUCAUUUCCGAUUCUCAUGAAUGCAAUCUCAAUCUUCAAGAUGAAAUUGAUGAACUGAGGAAACAAGAAAUGCCAAUUGAAUCAUCUGCAAAAUCUCGGAUUGCUCAUUACCUAAAUUUCCUUGCAAGGAAGAAAAACAAGAUUUCAAUAGAAAAAGCCAAAAAGGCUCUCACGAAUACGAAAAGCAUUAAAACAAAAAAGGGAAAGAAAAAGGCAAAAGGGAAAAUGCGCAAGAAGGGGAAGAAAGUACCAAGGAAACUAAAUAAACAACCUACAGGGAAACGGAAAUUGUAGAUUUUUAAAGAAAUGGAUUCUUUCGUAAAAGCAGGAAUAAGUGUUGUGCUUCAGAAUGCAAUUGAUUCCCUCUUGAUUAUCAACAAAGGACGAAAAAGCCUCAAGAAAGUGGUACCAAAACUCCCAAUUCAGGAGCGCUUCCGGGAUAAGAUUCAGAGCGGCGGGAAACAAUCUUCCUCCAAGUUGCAUGAUUCUCUACAUUCUGUGGGGAAGGGGAUGAUAUUUGUAAAACUCGAGGAGGACAUAGACUUCCUGAGAUACGCUCUCGAAGAAUCCUUGGUCAGUGGAUUUCCACAGCUGAAAGCAAUAAUAGACAUGGUUCAUGAGGAAGGAAGGGAGGAAUACCGAAUGAUUGAGCAAUACAAUAAGAACAAGAAACUCUCGCUCCUCUUGGAAAAGAAACUCAAAAAAGACUCAGAUGAUUGUCGGAAGCGUCUGAAGGAUUGCGAUGAGAAGCUAAUUGAUUUGCAGAAUCAGCUGAAGGAUUGCGAAUUGGAGAAUGCCAUGAGAUGUCGUUUGGUGCUGAAAUGGGAAGCAACUCGGCAUGAACAGUCCCAAACACUGUAUGAGCGGGAACGGGAUUCACUCCUGCAAGAACUUCAGGAUCUUCAACUAAAGACGGAUCAUGAGGAGAGAAUAAUGAGCGAAAUGGACGCUUUCAGUCGUCAUCAGACGGAUAAACUUGAGGAAAUGACGCAGUAUUGGAUUGAAAGGUACAACCGGGAACUCGUGGAGCUAGAUGAGAAGCUGCGGAUGGCAAAAAUUCAAAUUGAGACCCUUCAGAUGUGCAUCAGAGACAUGCAGGCAGAUUUCAAUUCACGCCAAGAGGAGAUUGAUGAAUAUUUAGAGCAAAAGCGUCGUGAGGAUGAAGCAAGGCGAUUGGAGCAGAAAAAGUGGGAUAGUGCCGUAAAGAUUCAAGCGUGGUGGCGAGGUACUAUGGUGAGGAAUUGUUUGGGUCCAUAUAGGAAGAAAAAGAAGGGCAAGAAGGGAAAGGCAGCAAAGAAAAAGAAAUAAAUUUCUCUUUCACUUUCAGAAGAGC